AUGGAGGCCCCGGGCACCGCCGCCGCCGCCGGCCGCGGCGCCUCCGAGGGCCCCGACGCGCGGGCACGGCCGCUGCCGCCUGCGGCGAGGCCCCUCGUCGUCGUGACCGGCGGGGGCUCUGGCAUCUCGAGCAUCGGCCGGGCGCUCGUGCUGCACUUCGCCAGCGACCCCUCGGUGCGGCGCGUGGUCACCUGCGGCCGGCGCGCGGAGGCGCUGGAGGCCACGCGGGCGGCGUCGCCCCGGAGGGACGUCAUCACCGUCGUGCGCUGCGACAUCGCCUCGGAGGAGGGCCGCCGGAAGCUGCUGGCGGCCGUCCCGCAGGACCUGCCGCUGCGGCUGCUGGUGCACAACGCCGCCAUCGGCGACCCGGCGCCGCUGGAGUCGCUGGCCGUGGCGCACUUCGAGGAGUCCCUGCGCGUCAACGUGGUGGCGCCGCUGGCGCUCACCCAGGCGCUCCUGCCGCUGCUGCGCGGCGGCGGCCGCGUGCUGCACCUGGGCACCUCGGUGGCGCACACCCCGCAGCGCGCCACCGCCACCUACGGCGUCACGAAGGCGGCCUUCUUCCGGCUCUACCAGCAGCUGAAUGCCGAGGGGCUCGGCGUGCCUUGUGGCUCGCUGUCCCCCGGCCUGGUCGAUACGGAGGGGGUGAGGGACCACGUCGCCAAGGCGAGGGCGCUCGACCUCCCCCACGUGGCGUUCUUCGACCGCGCCUUCGAGGCGGUCGGCGCGGCGCGCAUAGAGGGGGGUGGCGACAGCGGGGGCGACGGGGCUUCUAAAAAGGCGGCAGCCUUCUUAGCAGGGCGGCCUGGAGGCUGCCAAGAAGCUUUCUUAGAGGCCAUCGGGUCCUUGUAA